AUGAAGCAAUAUCAAAGUUUCACUAAUACUUCCUCAAAGGCAUCAGUUGUUUAUGUGCCUUUUUAUGCAGGCCUAGAUGUAGGGAGGUAUUUAUGGGAUGAUCAUGAAACUAAGGUUAUAGAUUAUGUGUCAAUUGAAGUAGUUAAGCACCUCAAGGGGAAACCCGAAUGGAAGAAAAUGUGGGGACACGAUCAUUUCCUAGUAGCAGGAAGGGUGUCAUGGGAUUUUAGAAGAAUGACGGAUAACAAGUUGGAUUGGGGGAAUCGUUUGUUCAACCUUCCCGACGCUAAAAACAUGACUAGUUUAGUUAUUGAGUCAAGUCCUUGGAGCAACACUGACUUUGCAAUAUCAUAUCCUACAUACUUUCACCCUUCGAGUGAUCACGAGGUUUAUGGUUGGCAGGAAAGAAUGACUCGUAAACAAAGGCCUUAUUUGUUUUCCUUUGCAGGUGCUCUUAGGCCAGAGCUUAAUGAUUCUAUAAGGAACGAAAUUAUCAACCAAUGCUUAGGUUCAAAAGGUAAACAUUGCAAGUUUAUGAAAUGUGACGCGGUUAUUAAGAAUUGUGAAUAUCCAAAGAAUGUUAUGAGAUUGUUUCAAAAGUCAGUCUUUUACUUACAACCACUAGAGGAUUCAUAUACUCGAAGAUCAACAUUUGACGCUAUUUUAGCUGGAUGUAUACCUAUUUUUUUCCACCUGGCUUCAGCUUACGUGCAAUACUUAUGGCAUUUUCCCAAACACUACACAACUUACUCAAUGUAUAUACCAAUAGAAGAUAUAAAAAAAGAGGAUUUCGCCGUUGAGAAGAGGUUGUUAGAGAUACCAAAAGAAAAGGUUGUAGCUAUGAGAGAAGAGGUCAUUAAGUUGAUUCCAAAUGUGAUUUAUGCAAAUCCUAAUUCCAAAUUACAGAGAUUUGGUGAUGCAUUUGAUGUUGCAGUGAAGGGAGUACUAAACCGGAUAUAG